UCUCUCUCUCUCGGUGCUCCGCUCCCAUGGCUGGCCACACCCCGAACCCUCUCUUCCUGCUCAUCUUCCUCGGACGCCUGCUUCUGUUGGCGGCGCAGGCGCAGCCGGUGACGGUCACCGUCGGCCUCAUCUUCGACGGCGGCUCGCCGGUCGGCAAGAUCGCCAACACCACCAUCCCCAUGGCGCUCGACGACUUCUACGCCGCCUUCCCGGGGUCCACCGCUCGGGUUAGGCUCGAGCACCGCGACUCCCGCGGCGACGUCGUCGCCGCCGCGUCCGCCGCGCUGGAGCUGAUGGAGGGACGGGGGGUGCGCGCCAUCCUUGGGCCUCAGUCGUCGGUGGAGUCCGCGUUCGUCGCCGACCUCGCCACGCGGGCGGAGGUCCCCGUCGUGUCGUUCUCGGCGACGAGCCCAUCGGUGUCGCCCGGCGCCGGGAGGUUCUUCGCGCGGGCGGCGCUGAGCGACGCCGUGCAGACGGGGGCGAUCGCCGCGCUCGCCAAGCACUUCGGGUGGCGCCGCGUGGUGCCCGUGUACCAGGACGACGACUACGGCGCCGCCUUCGUGCCAUUCCUCGUCGAUGCGCUCACCGACGCGGGCGCUGAGGUCCCCUACCGCUUCGCGCUCCCGGCGGGCGCCUCCUCCGAUGCCGUCGCCGCGGCGAUGUACCGCAUGGAGUCGCUGCAGACGCGCGCCUUCGUGGUGCACACGCGCCCAGACCUCGCAGAGCGCGUGCUCGCCGCCGCCGAGGCCGCCGGCAUGAUGGGCGAGGGCUUCGCGUGGGUCAUCACCGACGGCCUCACGGGCCUCCUCGCCUCGAUCAACGCGCCGCCGGGCUUGAUUGGCCUCGCGCCAUACGUGCCGACCACGCCGCGGCUGCGCGACGUCAGGAGGCGGUGGGUGCGCCGGUUCAUGCGCGACCACCCGGGCGCGGACUCGGAGCACGCCGAGAUGGGCAGCUACGCCGUGUGGGCAUACGACGCCGCCUGGGCCGUCGCGUCCGCCGCCGAGCACCUCGCCCCGGGCGACCUAUCACCGCGGGGGCUCGUGGGAGGCACGGGCGGCCCCACCGACUUCGCCGGGCUCGGCAAGUCAAGCUCUGGCAAGAAGUUCCUGGACGCGAUCACCGCCACGACAUUCGACGGCCUCGGCGGCAAGUUCGAGCUCGUCGACGGCGAGCUAACGGCACAUGCCUUCCGCGUGCUGAACACCAUGGACAACGGGAAGGAGAGGAGCAUCGGGUUCUGGAGAAAGAACGGAGGCCUGACACGGAAGCUCGGCGGCGCCCCCGCCCCCGCCGUCACCAACGCGUCGAGCCUCGCCCUCGCGCCGGUGAUCUGGCCGGGCGAGUCGACGGUGGUGCCGAGAGGGUGGGUGCUGCCGACGAGCGCACGGAGGUUGCGGGUGGCGGUGCCCGGCAACGUCAGCUCGGGGUUCCGGCCGAUCGUGCACCUGGACGUGGACCCGGUGACGAACUGGACGACCGCCGGUGGGUUCGUGGUCGAGGUGUUCGAGGCGGCGGUGCGGCUGCUGCCCUACGCGCUGCCGGUGGAGUACGUGAAGGCGGAGUCCAUGCCCUACGACAUGCUCGUCAAGAAGGUUGGUGACGGGACGUUCGACGCGGCGGUGGCGGACAUCACCAUCACGGCGGCGCGGUCGAGCCACGUUGACUUCACCCUGCCGUUCAUGGCGUCGAGCAUCGCCAUGGUGGCGCCGCUGCGGGACGACCGCGGGGAGCGGACGUGGGUGUUCCUCAAGCCGCUCCGCUACGACCUCUGGCUCGCCAGCGCCGCCUUCUUCCUCUUCACCGGCUUCGCCGUCUGGUUCGUCGAGCACCGCGGCAACGACGAGUUCCGCGGCCCGCCGUCAAACCAGGUCGGCGCGCUCCUCUACUUCGGCUUCUCCACCCUCGUCUUCGCCCACCGGGAGAACCUCCGCAACAACCUCUCCCGCUUCGCCGUCGUCGUCUGGUGCUUCGUCGUGCUCAUCCUCCAGUCCAGCUACACGGCCAGCCUCACCUCCAUGCUCACCGUGCCGCAGCUGGAGCCGUCCAUCGCCGACUACGCCGCGCUGUGGCGCGGCGCCGAGAGGGUCGGGAUCAUGAACAACUCCUUCAUGCGCGGCGCCAUGGACAGGUCGGGGUUCCCGCCGUCGAGGCUGGUGCCGUACAGGGCGCCGCAGAGCUUCCACGAGGCGCUGCUCAACGGCACCAUCGGCGCCGUCGUCGACGAGACCCCGUACCUGAGGAUCUUCCUCAAGUCCUACUGCGACCGGUUCGCCGUCACCGGCCAGCUCAACAAGACCGGCGGCUUCGGCUUCGCCUUCCCCAAGGGCUCGCCGUACGUCGCCGACCUGUCCUGCGCCAUCCUGGCGCUCACGGAGAGCGAGGAGAUGAACCUCAUCGAGCGCAAGUGGUUCGGCGAGAGCGACGGCUGCGCGGCGACGCAAGCCGGCGGGCCGUUCACGGCGGACAGCCUCAGCUUCGGCAGCUUCUGGGGCCUCUUCCUCAUCACCGGCGCCACCUCGCUCCUCUGCUGCGCCAUCCACCUGGCCACCUUCGUCGCCGCCAACCGCCGCGACAUCCGGCUGCUGCUCACCUCGCACCCGUCAUGGAAGGGGACGCUCCGGAGGUUCGCCAAGCUCUACGACGGCAAGGACCUCUCGGCGCACACGUUCAGGUCCAAGGUCACCGGCCGGAACGACGCCGCCGCCGCCGGCGCCUCCCCGUCGGCCGUGCACCACGACGCAGCCGCCAGCCCGAUCAGCCUGUCCAACCACACAUACAUGAGCGACUGGUCGCUGCAGACGUCGAGUCCCGCCAUGGCCGGCUGCGAGAUCGAGCUGGCCGGUGCCGGUGGCCAAGCCGAGGAGGCGGCAACGGAUGAAGCUCGCGAUCCCAACGGCUCCGGCGAGAAUGGCAGAGACAACUAACAGAAUUAACUGUCAUUCCCAAAAAAAAAAACAGAAUUAACUGUAACUGCCAUUGAUUUCUGACGGUUCUUGGAGCAAACUGAAGAGUGACUUGUGCUCCAGGACGUUUACCAACGAGAUUGACGACGAUGAAAAGAUGAACAGAUUAGAUCACUUCAACGAUUAUAACAUCGUAACAGGGUGGAAAUUUACAAACUACAAUUCCCCUGUAAUUCAUGCGACUCUACAUUGCAAAAUUUACAAAGUUUCAGCAGUGUAAUUUGAUUUUGGUAAUUUGCAUUCGUGCCAA